UCCUCCUUCUCUCUGUUCAUUGAUUGUGUAUGUGUGACACUAAUUUCGUCCGUGUGUUAAAAUCAAAACUAGUGAAAAAACAAAUGUAAUUUAACGCGAUUAUUCUUGUUUCAAUUAAUUCGAUACGCAACGAAGAUACUUGUUAAUUUCUUUGUUUAAACAACGAAAUGAGAAUCGAGACGUGAAAAUAAACCAGUGGAAAGAAAUAAAAAAAUAACAGUAGAAGAACAACACAAAAUAUACGAAUAUCUAUCUAACCACCCACCUUCCUACCUACAUAAUACAUCAUACCCACAACCUAUAGAAGGAAAUCUCAAACGACCAAAUACAACAAUCCACACAAACAAAUUGUAACACAAGUGUUUGCGGUAGAACCCACAAAGAACCCAAUAUAGUAUAUUUAACUAUUAUUUUAACGUAUUGAUUUAAAGCGCCUAACACUGACGGAGCACCAAGUCGUGAGCGGAGAAGUAACUUGUUCUGAUUCUAAUUUCUUUGCACCUUUUUACAAAAAAUAGUUUCAUACUGGCAUAAGCAUCCUAUAUGUAUAUACACAUAUAAAACAUACAAUAUAUACCAUGCAUGUUAAUAGCGAAACAAUGAUUGAUCUCACACCCACAAACAUCCAACAUAAACACUCAACUCGCAACAUUGUAGCAGACCCUUACGAUUACUUUCUUGCAGACCUGCGCGAAAGAAACUGAAAAACCGGUAUGAAAGUGUACAAGUCAUUAAUAUCAUCAAUUCCGCGCAUGCAGUUUUGAAGUGUCAUACGCCACGUAACAUUUUAUAAAACAAAGAGAACUGACUCAUUUCUCGUUCAGGGAAAAUAUUUGAGUGAACAUUGUGAUAGUGUUUAAGAAACAGCCUCAAAAUUACGGAGCAAAAGAAUCAGCAGGUCGUGACCCGCGCCGAAGCAAACAACGACUAUAGGGUUGUUGUUUUUGGCGCGGGGGGAGUUGGGAAAAGUUCAUUAGUUCUACGAUUUAUAAAAGGAACAUUUCGCGAAUCCUAUAUACCAACAAUAGAGGAUACAUAUCGUCAGGUCAUAAGCUGCAAUAAAACGAUCUGCACCCUGCAAAUUACCGACACAACGGGAUCCCAUCAGUUUCCUGCGAUGCAAAGAUUGUCCAUAACUAAAGGUCAUGCCUUCAUUUUAGUGUAUUCGGUGUGCUCGAAGCAAAGCUUAGAAGAGUUAAAGCCAAUAUGGAAUCUCAUUAAGGAACUGAAGGGUCAAGACAUAGUAAAUAUACCUGUUAUGCUGGUUGGCAAUAAGUGCGAUGAAAGUGCGGAACUGCGAAAUGUUACAGAGGAGGAGGGCAAAGAGCAGGCCCGGCUAUGGAAUAUUUCAUUUAUGGAAACUUCUGCAAAAACCAAUCACAAUGUUACGGAAUUAUUUCAGGAAUUGCUAAAUUUGGAAAAAACACGAACAGUAUCGCUACAGCUGGAUACAAAAACAAAAAAGAAGCAGAAGAAGGAAAAGAAAAAUAAGGAAACAAAUGGUGCCAUAGCGGAAAACGGCGAGGGUGACGGAGGAGGCUCCAGUAGUGCCAAAGAGAAAUGUCUCAUAAUGUAAUGCAAAGAAAUACUAACAAAUACUUGAAACUGGUGCAUAUAUUCAGUGAAAUUAUACAUUGUACACACCCAUACAAACAUACUUAUGUUAUAUUCAUAAAUGAUAGACGGCGGAAAAAGAUCGGCUAUAGUUGGGUACACCAAAUUUAGACAUAGCAUAAUUAUAAAAGGUAGUCUCAUUUAUCUUUCAUUUGGAAAUUGAACUAAAAAAUAAUUCCAUAAUCAUUUACCAAAAUUGAAAGUAACAUUUUCAUGUGCACAUAUCGGGAAUGUUUUUUUUUCACGUUUUAAGACUGAAGACCAGGAAUAAGAAAUAUAUUAAAAGAUAUGGAUGAAAAUCUUCUCAUAUCAUCCAACAUCCCUCUGUAGUCAUAGACUAAUGAAUAUGUAGACAACGGAAGCUUUGGUCCUGUCUUUAUACCCAUGUGGCUCUCAGCAAGUUUUUGCAUAGUCAACAUGCUGAUUGAGCCAGUGGACCUACUCGACUUGGAAACACAUUAAUUCGUUUUUGAAGCACUGCACAUGAUUGAUAGGCCAUUUUUCGACGAAAUCAUGUAAAAUAUACAUAAGAUUUAGAUCUGAGUGGCUUUGAAUUUCAAUCAUACCCCUGCCAUAAUAUGGACGAUAAGCAGUGAGAGCAUUCCGUUGUGUAAAUAUUUUUUAGUCUAUGCUGUAGUAGGAUUCUCCAACUCUUUUUGGCGUUACGGGCAAACGUCUGUAACUUUCAUGUAAAACAUAAAUUAAAAGUUAAAAACAUUGUUUCUACUUUGUUUCUGAGGUAAGCGCGACUCUAUUUUUAUUUGGUCUUUUUUUUAAAAUUGCAAAAUGUAGUAUACUCCUCCUCCAUUCAAAAUUACCGCUUUCAACUAUUCAACUUCCAUGGCAGUAGCCAAAGAAUAACUGCUUUUUUGUCGACUGACAGUGAGAGCAUUCCGUUGUGUAAAUAUUUUUUAGUCUAUGCUGUAGUAGGAUUCUCCAACUCUUUUUGGCGUUACGGGCAAACGUCUGUAACUUUCAUGUAAAACAUAAAUUAAAAGUUAAAAACAUUGUUUCUACUUUGUUUCUGAGGUAAGCGCGACUCUAUUUUUAUUUGGUCUUUUUUUUAAAAUUGCAAAAUGUAGUAUACUCCUCCUCCAUUCAAAAUUACCGCUUUCAACUAUUCAACUUCCAUGGCAGUAGCCAAAGAAUAACUGCUUUUUUGUCGACUGAUUGGUGGGCAAGGAAUAACUACCGAUGCUUUGUCAAGAAACUUAACCUUGUUAAAAUAAUGGGCUAGUAUUCCUAUGUGUGAACACUUCUUUUCAUGACUAAAAUAUUUUCGUGUGACGGGUGGCAUAUUUUACAAAAAUAAUGAAUGACAUUUUAUCUGCUGUAUUACGUGGGACAUAAAAUUUAAUUUUUUUGGGCUUAAAAAUCCCCGUCCCCGGAUGUCGAUUUUUUAGAUUUACCUUCAAGGUAAAUCACCGAAAAAUCAAAACGAAUUGAAAGAAAAUCUGACUGAAAAUGCGUGACGGUUCUUUUUUACGAGUUAUAACAUAACAAGGAGCGUUAUAAUCCAAAUACAAAUAUCCAAAUAUUAUAAAUACUUUUAUGUAUAUUUUAAAAUUAUUUUGCCUGGAUUACAUGUUUGGACAUAACACACUGACACUAGCAUUACUUACAAUAAAAAAUUUCCUUAUGGUUCUUAUUGAAUUGUACUUGUUGUUGUACUUCUUAUAAUUAUACCAUACAUUAUGUAUUCCUUAUUUACAUGGAAAAUAUGUUCGUAAAACGUGUUAUUUAGAUUCUCAAUUACUUAGAUAAUACAUCAAGUAAAUAAGGAAUCUACUAAAAGUGAGUACUUUAUUUGUCGGUGUGUAGGACGUUCAGAUGGUUGUAAAAAAACUUAAAAACCAAACUAAAUGUGCACGUAUUUUCCGACACAAUUUACUUCCAUAUUAGCUCUAUUGCGGCAUAAUUUGUUGGUCGUUUUUUGUAUUCUCUAUUUUUAUAUUCUCCUGCAAACACAUACGUUAACCGUCAAUAUUGACGGUCUUAUAAACUCCUUAUAUAAUUUUAUUUUUAUCCACAGUGGUGACUCGAUAAUGAGUUAGAGAAUUCCACUACUGGAUAUUAUUAAAAAUGAGAUUGCCUUAAUUUAAUUCUACCGCGAGUCGAGUCUAUAUACUAUGUAACGUGUCUAUGAAUGCAUGUUCCGCUCUCUUCGUGGGACUUAUAGCACAUGUGCAUACAAAAUAUUUACCAGGGAUAAUCCGGACGAUUGACCUAUCACAAUAAAUUUUGCUACAUACGUUAAUAGUCAAAUUUAAUGUGAUUGUACACGUACUGUUAUCUGAGCAAACUGUGCCUCAUUGUCGGAUAAGUGUUGCUCUGUUCCAGAACCUAAAUAUACUUGUAUGAUGUUAAAAUGUUGAAAUUUAGUUAGGUAUGUUUUUGUGUUUGAUAAAUUUCACACAGAAACCCUUUUGACAGAAUAAUAAGGCAUGAAUUAUAAUACCUAAGGGGGUCUCGAUGAAAUAAAAUCUAAAUAAUAAGAUCGACAUAGUUAUUAUCUUCCAUAGAAUUUGGCGACAUCUUCAAGAUUCAACAUGAGGUUGUUUUGUUAAGUGUCGUCACUUCUUAAGUGACGGCUAAUGCAAAGGUACUUAAAAAUGAAUCGAUGACUCAAAAAGGCGAAUUUCGAGUUUUCACACUCUUUGAGUAAUAGAGCGAUAUGUAUGUUUUGUGUACACUAUUAGCAUCAUUCGAAGCAAAAACAUAUGUAGGUAUGAAAUAUUUAUGCAUAAUUUUAAUUAACCGCUUGCUGAAUACGUUUUUGAACGGAAAACUUCAUACAAGAAUACAUACAAACACACACAUACAUAUAUACAUCAAAUAUUUAUACAAUUAAUUAAAUAAAUACACAAAGGAACGCAAUUUUACAUAAGAAUAGACAGUUUUUGCUAUUAUUCAAAUAGGUAAAUAUUUAUUAAGAGAUUAUUGGGAAUUGGCAGAAAACAGCAACCGAUUACCCGAAUUCAAGUGUUGUUAUUUUUGCUUAUUUAGUCAUUUAAUAAAAUUAAAGAGAAACAACAAUAAACUUGUAGUAAUAUAUUGUAAUAUUCGUAAUUUAAUUAUAUAUACAUAUACACUGCGCAACACAUACUUACCAACAAAUAAAUUAGGUAGUUUUAAUUGUUAGUUUACUUUAUUAUCAAUAUAAGAAUUGAAAAAAUAAACAAAGCUUUAAUUAUCUUUUGAAAAUACAAACGUAUUGUUGUUAAAAUGAGACAAAGACAAGAUGUCAAACACGAUAUAAACACGAAAUUCUCCAACAAAUUUAGAAUCAAAAUAAUCGAAUUCAAUAUUGUAUGAUUGUAUUUACCUUCUAUCAUAUGCUCGUAGUUUUAUUAUUCUUAUGCCGAAUUCAACACAAUACAUGCGUCCCCCAGUGUUUACAUUCAGUUCGGAUUUCCUCCAAUGCAUUGUUCAAUCCAGAUUGACACUUGAAGUGUCUAGUGUAUCACCAACAGCAACAGUUUUUCGAAUAAAACUUACUCUUAUAGCCAAGAAAUAUUUGAUUUGUUGUCUUACUUAUUGCAUUCAUGGCUGGUAAGAAAAACAUAUACAUUCAUGUUGUAUUCUUCAGGUGACGUUUGUAUUAAUUUCUACCAAAAAAAAAUCAAUUUUGUCGUUUUUUAGCUGUUACCUUAUAUUCUUAUACCUUGGUUACAACGAUAGAACCACGGUACAAUUAAAUCAAUCUAACACCAUUUCAAAAAUAAUAAUAUCCAGCACGGCGUUGAUGUUGUCAAAUGUAUAACUUUGAAAAAUGUCCAAACAUAUGCUAGUAUGACGUCACCAUUUUAAUUCUACCAUGGGUAGUGCUAUUCUGUAAAAAUAUAUGUCGUAUACUGAUGAAUAGAGAGACAAGAAAAAUAAGGCAAUUUACUGAGGUCGCGUCAUUAUACAAAUAAACGCUCACAUAUUAAUGUUUAAAAAUAUUACAAUUAUAUGAUGUUUCCAAACUAAAACCCGUUUUAGUAUUAUCUAACUGUCUACUGCAUGAUGCAAUUGAGAAAAUCAAUAAUUUCAGUUUCAAAAAUAAGACCAGUGGUAAUUUAAAUUAAUUUAAAAAUGUAUCAUAGAAAUGUCCAAUCAGUUUUCAUUAAACUGAAAGAAUCCAAAUUCGAAGUUUAAAAGAUGUAGCUAAAAUUACAGAACAUUCGACGGUGCUGUUAUAUGGAUGCAGGACAACUUGAACCAAUAUAGACAAUAUUUUUUCUCUUCGGAGAUAGAGCCCAUUACGAAAUACAACUAUCAAAUAUAUAAAGGUAACGUUAUAUGGGGCCCAUAGGAAAACCCGUUACAAACUUUGAAUACCAGUUCGUAAAAAAAUGUGGCAUCAAAAUACCGUGAAUAUGCAUUAAAUUUCGAAAAUUUUUAAAAACAAUAUUGACAUGUGUAUCUAU